AUGAAGCUGUUGCCCUGCGAUGCUGGCGGUUCAUCCUGGGAAGACGAUGCUUGGUAUGACCGGCCAGGCUAUCCGCCGUUGGAGGGUUGUUGGAUACAUCCACCAUGUGGAGACUCCCGGCUGCCCGAAGUAUACUUCUGCGAAGAUUGCGAGAAAACGAGGAAUGAGCCGCCUCCUGUAAUGUACGUGGGUUCUGGUACUGACGCCCACGUGCAACUCGAAGCAAGUUUUCCUGAGCGAUUGUGUCGGAUCGUCAGAACGAGGCAGACGUGGAGCUUGGAAGCCUUGACCCCCAGAUGGCAAGUGCAGGUGCAAUCAAGUGGGAUGAGCGGGAAGCGUGAGACUCUCGAUGUUGGCCGACCGAGAGGCUUACAGCAUGGAGACGUCAUCUAUUUGUCCACGCCACCGACUGCCCAAGCUUCGUAUUCGUUUUACCUUGCGGUCUCGGAGUUACAAGAAGCGAGCUUCCCCAAUCGCUAUCCGGCUCGAUUUCCCUACCGGUCCUCGUUGCCAGAGGCACCCGAAGCACCCGAGGAGCUGCGCCGCCUGGCCUGGCAAACGGAUCAGAUGCGGCGGCGCUCGGAGCAGGACCAGGUGCGCGUGGCGGAUUGGUCCAACUUCUCCCAGUAUGUUAAGCAGCACUACCUGGAGCAUGGAAUUCACUGCACAUCCUGGAAGAUUUCGGGCCGGGGUAAGCCCUGUGAUCCCAAGCCUGCGAGCUUUCAGCCACGACCUUUGCCCCAAUGGAUUUGCGAGCUCUUGGCCGAGGCGCCAGGAAGCCGCGAGCCCUACGCGAGCUGCCUGGCGGCUUCGGGGAGCCCCAUAAGACCGCAGCUGCAGGAAGCUGCUGUGGAAGUGGGCUACCGUGUCACUGAUGGCGCCGAUGUCGCUGCAGCUUCAGAGGCCGCACCAAGCCAGCCAGAAGAAGUGGUUUUGGAGGAGACCAAUCCACUCUUGCUGCAGCCGAUUCAGGAUUGGUUAGAGUCCGUGGACGACGAUGGGUUCUUGCUUCAGUAUUAUGAUCAGAUUGUCGCAAACUUCGAUUCUUUGAAGCAAAUCCAUGAUGUCUAUUUUCGUGAUGGCUAUUUGGAUGGGCGAUUCUUUCUGGCAGCUGGUGUAACCAAGCUUGGGCACAAGAGGAUACUGCAGAAGUGGUUCCGGGACCACUUCACAUGA